AUGUAUCCAAUACUAAAUGUAAAAUUGAUGGAUGAUAUGGUUUCGAUUGAAGUUCCACAUGGCGAUCGAACACCAAUAUCACUGUACCACAAUGACCCAUAUAACAACUACACUUGGGACGAUGGAUUGGGCUCUUUGACGCUGCGCGGUAAAGCAAGAAUGUACCACUACGGUGAAACUAUUCGAAAACGAUACUCAUCUUAUGUUGAAAACAUUCUCGCUAAAAAUGUGCAGGCGCAAAGUUCGUUCAAACGGCGUUGCCUCGAGACGACACUUUCGGUGCUCGCCGGACUGGUGCCGCCAACCAACGCCUCACACUGGUCACAGUCGCACGAGUUGGCCAAACUGUGGCAACCGAUUGCAGUGGAAACCACGGAGAGCUCCCGUGCCUGGUUGCUGAACCCCGACACGGAGUGUGCCGCGGCAACAGCCGUCAAGAACGCCAUACCAACUGAAGACCCAGUGCUGAAGGCUUUCCUGGAGAAGAACAAGGACUUUGUGCAGAGAGUUGGCUGGGUUUAUGAUGCCAUCUUCACGGAACGAAACUUUUUUGGCGAUCAGUUUAAAAUGCCCGAAUGGCUGUCAAAAGUUGGCAAUGACACUCUGGCGCGGUUGAAGCAGUUUAAUGACUUUCAGUUCUCCAUUUACGCUAACUGGCCUAAGUACGUUAAACUGCGCGCCGGCUUGCUGUUGAAGCAGACAAUCGACAAUAUGAGGGGAACUGCUGCAAUUAAAGAGCCGCUAACUGCUAAAAAUAGGCAACUCUUUCUCUACGGCACCCACGACACGAUGGUCUCGCCGGUCAUGUUGGCCCUUGGCUACCUCAAAGAGCAGCCCACUUACGGCAGCGGCGUCAUCAUUGAACUGCGAAAGCAUCCUCAAACUAAAGUGCCCCACGUUCAUGUCUUCUACGCUAAUGUCACUAAUAAUGCUCAAAUAGCUGACUUCACUACGACCUUCACCAGACUGGAGCUUAAUCACUCGGAACGAUUCAGCAAGUUGUGUCAUGAAGCAAGCUGUUCACUGGACAACUUUGCCGCUUCACUCAAGGACUAUUUAGUGUCUGAUAUUGAAAAGGAGUGCUCUCUCCCUAAAUAA